AUGGAGUUGAAUUUUGUGUAUUUGAUUGUUGCAGCUUUAUUGGGUGGGUGGGUUUUUGUAUUUUGGUUUCUCAAGAGAGUGAACGAGUGGUAUUAUGUUGGCAGGGUGGGAGAAAUGGCAUACCCUCUCCCACCGGGUGAUAUGGGAUGGCCUUUUAUUGGGAACAUGUUGUCUCUCAUGAAAUGUCUAAGAGCUGGUGACCCUAACUCUUUCAUCUAUAACCUUGUCUCCAGAUAUAGGAACAGUGCAGGCAUCUACAAAAUGCACCUGUUAGGGAGCCCAACUGUCGUCGUUUACACGCCUGAAUUAUGUCGGCGUGUCUUGACAAAUGAGGAGCAUUUCAAACAUGGUUAUCCUAAAUCCACAGAUCUUUUAACAGGGAGAAAAGGCUUACAAAAUACUUCAAACGCAGAACACAGGCGUUUGCGCCGCAUAAUCGCGAAUCCCAUCAACGGACACCAGGCACUAGCAAUAUAUGUCGAACAUAUAGAGGACGUUGUGAUUAAUUCCUUGGAUGAAUGGGCUAGCAUGAACAAGCCAUUCGAGCUCUUAACAGAAAUGAAGAGGGCUAUCGUCAAGGCCAUGACGCGCAUUUUCAUAGGUUCUAUUAGUGAUUCUACUUUCUCAACAACACAGAAUCUGUUUAAUGACUAUUUUGAGGGACUAGUUUCCAUGGCCAUUGAUAUCCCGGGAUUUGCUUUCCAUAAAGCAUUCAAGGCAAAAAAAGAGUUGGUGAAAGUCCUUCAAUCUGUCUUGGACGAAAAGAGGAUGACGGCUAAAAGUAAUGAUGAACACAAGGGAAAGAAAGAUAUGAUGGAUUUGCUAAUGGAGGUUGAGGAUGAGGAUGGUCAAAAAUUGGAAGAUGAGGAUAUCGUAGCUUUACUGGUCAGCUUCUUCGCAGCUGGUUUUGGGAGCACGACAACUAAUACACUACGGGCAAUAGUACACCUAUCAGAACAUCCUGAAGCCCUAAAAAAAGCCAAGGAAGAACAAGAGGAUAUCACGAAGAGAAGACCAUCUACCCAGAAAGGAUUGAACUUUAAGGAUAUUAAACAAAUGCAAUAUCUUGCCAAGGUAAUUGAUGAGAUGUUGCGCAUAACAAGUCUCACAGGGUUAUUCCGAGAGGCAAAAAUCGAUAUAAGCAUCGAUGGCUACACAAUACCAAAAGGAUGGAAAGUUUUUGUCUGGCUUGGAAUUAUUCAUAUGGAUCCUGAAACUUAUGAAAGCCCACAAGAUUUUAAUCCGUCAAGAUGGGAUAAUAUAAAAACCAAAGGAGGGGCUUUCCUUCCCUUUGGAGCAGGAAGCAGAUCUUGUCCUGGAAUGGACUUGUCCAAGCUUGUCAUAACCAUUUUCCUUCAUUUAUUUCUCCUUAACUACAAGCUCAAGCGGAUUAAUCCAGAAUCUCCACUACAUUACUCAUUAAUGGGAUCAAUGGUCGAAGACAACUACCUCGUUGAAAUUAUAAAGAUCCCAUAA